CGCCGCGUCCGUCUCCCGGGAUCCCGAGGUUGCCUUGACUAAGUCGCGUGUUGAGUAGGUGGAGAAGCAGCUAAAGCUGAGGCGCGGUGAGGGGACCUUGCGAGCCGAGAACAUGCGGAGCUGGUGUUUGUGUCAGAUUUGUACGUGCGGGCACCAUCAUUGUCCACAUGGAACCACAAAGAUUUACGAAAACUCUGGUGUGUUUUGCCCCACAACUGAAUAUUUGGAAAAAUAUCCUAUGUAUGCCAAUGUUCUUCCACCUCGAAGUCUUAAACCCAAGCAAGAAUUUCAAGCAUCUUGUGGUAAAAUGGAAGGAAUAACUACAUUUAAGUCAGAUUAUCGUCCUUAUGAAAUAGUCAAACAGCCUCGCCAUAUACCAGAAGAAUAUAAACCAAAGCAGGGGAAGAUUGAUCUUGGUACCACUUAUAAACAAGAUUUUUAUUCUUAUAAAGUACAGCCUGUGGCAAUAGUCCGGCCUUUGGAAAGACAACAAAUUAAAAAAGGAAAGUUGGACACUGUCCCAACCUAUAAAGAUGAUUAUAGAGCUUGGGACAUUCAGAAAAGGGAACUUCAUAAACCAGAACAAACUUACCAUCCCCCUACUGUGAAAUUUGGAAAUUCAACUACAUUUCAGGAUGACUAUGUUCCUCAAGAGAUAAGGCUUAGGCAAAGCUUUAAACCCUUCUCUGUGGUCAAACCGUCUACAAUCCCUUUUAAUGGUGAUACAACCCAUCGCCUGGAUUAUGUACCUCAUCAGCUAGAACUUAAGUUUGAAAGACCAAAAGAAGUUUACAAACCAACUGACCAACCCUUUGAAGAUCUCACAACUCAUCAGAAUGACUUUCGGGGACUUGUUGGUGAAACUGCAAAAAUCUGCAGACCUGCAUACACCAGAGUGACCCAAAAUGCUCAAUUUCAAGGAAGCACUGAAUUCCAGGAAAGUUUUCAACCAUGGGAAAUCCCACCACCUGAAGUCAGGAGAGUACCAGAGUAUGUGCCCCCUGCAGGGAGCAUGGAGUUAACCAGCACAAGCCAUCUGGACUAUGUUCCACAUCAGGCCAGUCGUGUUGUUCCUAUCCGGCCUGUUUCUCAUAGAAGAAAUAUCAAUUUUCCUUUCCAAGGAAAAAGCACAAUGAAAGAUGAUUUUCCAGCAUGGGAAAGCUGCCGUCAAGGACUUAUUAAGCAGCAGCAGCAAAUUCCCAACCCAGCUGGAAAAUUUGAUGGUUUGAGCACUUUCAGAUCUCACUAUGUGCCACAUCAAUUGAUUCCAACAGAGAGUUGCAAACCUUUAAAUGUUACUUUGAAGAGUUAUGUUCCAUUUGAUGAUGUAACCAUGUACUCUAUCGAGUACACACCAAAGAAACAGGAAAUCUGCCCAGCUAGUUAUCCCUCUCCUCCUGGUUAUAUAUUUGAAAAUACAAAUUCCCAAGGUCAUAAAUUUUUUCGUAAGAUCACUCCUGCAUUGAAGGCCUUCUAAUCAUCAAAUUGUGCUUAAAAGUAAGCUAACUAGCAAAUUGUUUGUUUUUCAAGGGAAAACUCAAUUAUAGUGAAAAAAUUUUUGAGAGAUAAUUAUUUUUUAGGUUUUUAAAUAAGAAAAUUGGAAAAUGUAUUAUAGGAGAUCAGAAUCUAAAAAUCCAUUUGUAUUGUCAUUUUAAUCAUGAUUGCUCUUUAAAUUCCAUUUCUCAAGGUUGAAUAAUGUACAUUCUCCUCUGAACAAUUUUAAUAGCAAACAUCUUGUUUUGUAGUUUGUUCCCAAUCUAUUAUCAUUUAUACUUCUGUUUAUAAUGAUGGCAGUUGUAUGGCUGUUCACAUCGCAGUUGUCAUUCAGCAAGCACAUUAGGACUACAUAGAGCACCAUGGACAAUGAUAGGAAUUUCUCUUCCGAGACAGUAGACUUCAAGGUAUCUACACAGGGUACACCAACAAGUUUGUGGUGUGGAGACUGCUGCACUGCUCCUCGCCAUGUCCAAGGUAGUGAGAGGCAUUGUGGUGCAGCAAGGAGAGGCUCUGUGGGAGGGGAUCAGAAGACUCAAUUUCUAGUUCUAAUGAUGUCAUUUUUCUAUUUGUGUCAAGUGGCAAGUGGCUCAUGUCUCUGAGCUUCAAUGUCUUCAUUUGUAAAAGGAAUAAAUAUUUUUUCUCAAAAAAGUUUGUUUUGAGCAUCAGAUUGUAUGAUACAUUU